AAUAAGAAUAAGUGAAUGGAGUCGUGGUCCAGCCAGCUGCCGGAUAUCGCCUCCCUCUGUCGUGUCAUCUGUUGUGCCCUCUCUGCCCUCGCCCCCCGUCCCCUCCUGGGUCUGGCCGCUCCGCUCCGCUCCGUGAGAGUCCAGCUCCGGGGUUUCCAACAGAAAGGUGCAGGAGCUGAGGGCUCCCUCACCACGGAGCUCCGCAACAAGUGCUCGCUCGGAGGGCGAACGGAGAAGCGGACACCUGAACCAAGACAGACGCGGCAGCCCGGCUGGAUGCGCGCUCCCUCAGAGAUGCGAGCCUCGCUGCUAAUGCUCGUCUGCGGCCUGGCUGCCACAGUUGGCCAGGAACCAGACCAAGCCCACGGCUGUGCCUAUGGCAGCUGUUAUCCAGCAACUGGAGACUUGUUGGUUGGAAGGGAGAAAAACUUGAAGGCCUCGUCCACAUGUGGGAUGAAGAGGAAGGAGCCAUACUGCAUUGUCAGUCACUUGCAGGAUGAGAAGAAAUGUUUUGAGUGUGACUCCAGACGACCAUAUGACCCAGUCUACAACACCAUUAAUCACCGGAUAGAAAACGUUAUCACUGCAUUCAAACCACACCGUAAAAAGUCCUGGUGGCAGUCGGAGAAUGGAAAGUCAGAUGUCUUUAUUGAAUUGGAUCUGGAGGCAGAGUUUCAUUUCACUCAUCUGAUUAUGACAUUUAAGACUUUUCGCCCUGCAGCCAUGCUGAUUGAGCGUUCAGCGGAUUUUGGUCGAACCUGGAAGAUCUACCGUUACUUUGCUAAUGACUGCGCCGCUUCCUUUCCUGGAAUCUCCACAGGUCCACUGCGUACCAUUAACGAUGUCAUCUGUGAGUCACGUUAUUCUGACAUCGAGCCUUCAACAGAGGGCGAGGUAAUCUACAAAGUCUUGGAUCCAGCCAUCAGGAUUGAGGAUCCAUACAGCCCCAACAUUCAGAACCAACUAAAGAUCACCAACUUGAGGCUGAACUUCACCAAACUUCACACACUUGGAGACAACCUGCUGGACCCCAGAGCUGAAAUCAAAGAGAAAUACUACUAUGCCAUAUAUGAACUCGUUGUACGUGGAAACUGCUUUUGCUAUGGCCACGCCUCGGAGUGCGCACCCAUUGAAGGCAUCAGGAAUGACAUAGAAGGAAUGGUUCAUGGAAGAUGUGUAUGCAACCAUAAUACAAAAGGUUUGAACUGUGAGCAGUGUGAGGACUUCUACAAUGACCAACCUUGGAGGCCAGCUGAGGGCCGCAAAACACACGCUUGCAAGAAGUGUGAUUGCAAUGACCAUUCAAAUAAGUGUCACUUUGACAUGGCGAUCUAUUUGGCCACGGGAAAUACCAGCGGCGGAGUGUGUGAUGACUGUCAGCACAACACAAUGGGACGCAGCUGUGAGAUCUGCAAGCCUUUCUACUACAAAGAUCCCACAAAGCACACAAGAGAUUCCCGUGUUUGCGUAGCUUGUGAUUGUGACCCAGAUGGUUCGGAGAACGGAGGAUUGUGUGAUAGCCACAGCGACCCGUCCCUCGGCAUGGUAGGAGGUCGGUGCCGCUGCAAGGCUAACGUAGAGGGGCCACGCUGCGACAAGUGCAGGACCGGCUUCUUUGGCCUGAGCGCCGACAACCCUGCAGGGUGCCAAACUUGUCGAUGUGACCACAGAGGAACCGUGUCGGGUAGCUCCAUGUGUGACGCAUUUAGUGGAGACUGCCUCUGCAAGCGAUUUGUCAUAGGACACAACUGCGACCAGUGCCUGCCAGAAUACUGGGGGCUGAGCCACGACCUGAACGGCUGCAGAGGCUGCGAGUGCGAUAUCGGAGGAGCACUUGACAACCAAUGUUCCAUGGACAGUGGUCAGUGUCGCUGCCGGAGUCACAUGACGGGACGGGACUGCUCGCAAGUGGAGUCUGGAUAUUUCUUUAUGGCACUGGAUCAUUUCCUGUAUGAGGCUGAAUUUGCUCAGAUGGGACAAGGUUGUACCUUAGAGACCAGGGAACAUCAACCCGGUCGCCCCGCCCAGUGGACAGAUAUCGGCUUUGCUAAGGUCCCUCAAGGCGGCACUUUGGAGUUCCUGAUAAAUAACAUACCUUUCUCCAUGGAAUAUGAUUUAGUCAUCCGCUACGAAUCCCAGAUGCCUCGUGACUGGGAGGAGGUGCAAAUAACAGUGAUCCGUCCAGGUUCGAUUCCCACCAGCAGCCCAUGUGGAAACACCAUCCCAGAUGACGACCGACUCACCAUCUCUCUGCCAGCUGGAGCGAGGUUUGUGGUUCUUCCUCAGCCAGUAUGUUUGGAGAGAGGUGUUACCUACACCCUUCGCUUGGAGUUCACACGCUAUCAAGAUGCUAACAGUGUCCUCAGCGGAGCAGACUACGCUGUCAUCCUCAUAGAUUCUAUUGUCCUGAUGCCGCGUCACUCCUCCAUGGAGAUGUUUACCCUUGGGGAUCUCUCCUCAAACGUCAGGAAGCAGACCUUCGAGCGGUACCGGUGCCACGAGGGAGCAAGGAGUGUGAUCCGCUCACACAUCAGUGAUACCUGUGCUAAACUCAUCAGCAGCAUGUCAGCCAUUAUUAACGAUGGAGCUCUGGCUUGUAACUGUGACCCUCAGGGGUCCAUCAGCUCCCUCUGUGACAUCCGUGGGGGCCAGUGUCGCUGCAGGCCCAACGUAAUUGGUCGGCGCUGUGACAAGUGUGCUCCGGGAACUUAUGGAUUUGGACCAUCAGGCUGUAUACCAUGCCAGUGCAGCUUAGAAGGGUCAGUGACCAGACUCUGUGACAAGUACACCGGGCAGUGCCAGUGCCGUCCCGGAGCGUUUGGGCAACGCUGCGAUGGAUGUCAGGCAGGUCACUGGGGCUUCCCCAGCUGCCGACCCUGCCAGUGUAACGGACAUGCCGACCACUGUGACCAGAGAAGCGGAGUCUGCAUCAACUGCAGGGACAACACCGGAGGAGACAAGUGUGACAGGUGUGCCAAUGGUUAUUAUGGGAACCCAAUUUUGAGCAUCUCAUCUGGUGGCCAAUGUCGUCCAUGCCCAUGUCCAGAUGGACCCCACAGUGGACGGCACUUUGCUACAUCUUGUUACCAGGACAACCGCAACCGGCAAAUUAUCUGCAACUGUAACCAAGGUUACACAGGCGCCCGGUGUGAGGAAUGCGCUCCAGGUUAUUAUGGCAAUCCCUCUCAGCCGGGGGGGCGCUGCCAGCCAUGCCAGUGCAACAACAACAUAGACAUGUCCGACAUGGACGCCUGCGACAGGCACACUGGAGAAUGCAGGAAGUGCCUUUACAACACAGAGGGUCCCACUUGUGGCAUCUGCAAGAGUGGAUAUUUCGGAGAUGCAUCGCGACGCAAUUGCAGGAAGUGCACGUGCAACUUUUUGGGCACUGAGCGGAGUCAGUGCAUAGAGCGUGAGGACUGUGUGUGCCAGCGUGCCACGGGCCAGUGUCAGUGUCUGCCAAAUGUCGUAGGUCUGACAUGUGACCACUGUGCCCCCAACCACUGGAACCUGGCCAGUGGGAAAGGUUGUGAAGCGUGCAGCUGUGAUCCCAACAACUCUGUCACAUCCUCCUGCAAUGAAUUUACAGGCCAGUGUCAAUGUCGAGAAGGCUUUGGAGGAAAGACCUGCACAGACUGUGAGGAGAACUUCUGGGGAGACCCCAGGACGCAGUGCAGAGCGUGUGACUGCGACUGGCGUGGGAUUGAGACCUCUCAGUGCAACCGGGUGACCGGCCACUGCGUGUGCCAGCAGGGAGUGUCAGGUGUUCGCUGUGACCAGUGUGCCCGAGGCUUUGCCGGCCAGUUUCCUAACUGCCAGCCCUGUCACCAGUGCUUUGGGGACUGGGAUCGCAUAGUGCAGGACUUGGCAGUUCGCACCAAGACUCUGGCAGAGCGGGCCCAUGAGAUUCAAACCACUGGGCUUAUUGGGCCCUAUGAGAAAACCUUCAAAGACUUGGAAGAGAAGCUGCGUCAAGCUCAGGCCAUUGUCAAUGUACGAAAUGCCACGACUGCAGCUGUCUCUACUCUGAUGGAGCUUAUUGAGGAUCUCAGGGCACAGAUUGGUGAGACGACUGAUGCCCUAAACCAUGUGGAGGGAGAUUUAACAAUUAUCCAGGACCGAAACUCUGAUGCAAGCAAGGACCUGAAUGAUCUGGAACGGGAGGCUCGAGAGGUGAACCUCACAUCAAAGCAGCUACAAAAUCAACUCGACAUCUUGAAAAAUUCCAACUUCUUAGGAGCAUACGACAGUAUCCGCAGCUCCUACAACACGUCUCGAGAUGCUGAGCGACGUGCCAAUCAGUCAACGACCACCAAGCCGAGCACAGUCAGCCAGUCUGCAGACACUCGCCGCCGAACCGAGCGCCUCAUCGCUGCAAAGAAGGACGACUUCAAUCGGAAAAACUCAGCAAACAAGCAGGCGCUGGGAGAGUUGAAGGCCAGAGCGCAGCGGCUGGACAUGAAAAAGCUCAAUGAGAAGGUCUGCGGUUCUCUGAGUGAUGUUCCCUGCACAGAGAAUCCAUGUGGGGGGGCUGGCUGCCGGGAUGCCGACGGGAACCGUCACUGCGGAGGCUUGAACUGUAACGGCGCUGUGGCUGCAGCUGACAAUGCUUUGGAAAGAGCCAAACAUGCAGAGAAGGAGCUGAACAAGGCCAUGGGGGAGAUGCAGGGACUAUUUACCAAGGUGGCAGAAGCUAAGGCCAAGGCAGACGAGGCUAAGGGCAAAGCCCAAGCUGCUCUGGAUAAAGCCACUGCCACGAAGAACAAAGUGGAACGCUCCAACAACAACCUCAGAGACCUCAUCAAACAGAUCAGGGACUUCCUCACUCAGGAGGGAGCAGACCCAGACAGCAUUGAGGAGGUGGCAAACCACGUGUUGCAGCUCUCCAUCCCUGCCUCCCCCGUCCAGAUCAGACAUCUCGCUGAUGAAAUCAAGGAUCGGGUCCGCAGCCUUUCAAACGUGGAUUCCAUCCUGCGGCAGACCCAGGACGAUGUUCAAAAGGCGGAGAAACUGCUGCUGGAUGCCAAGAGGGCAAGGCAUCAUGCUGAGGGGGUUAAAAGCACAGCGGAGACAGUCAAACAAGCCCUGAUGGAUGCUGAGACCGCCCAGACUUCAGCUGAGAAGGCCAUAGCAAGAGCCAGGGGUGACAUUAGAGAGACGGAGUAUCGACUGACACAGAUUGAGUCAGAAACAUCUAACAGUGAGAGGUACCUGGAUGAUGCCAUGGGUCGCCUGGGCACACUUGAACAGGAGAUCAACGAGCUGAAGACCAAACGAGCCAACAAUAGCAUGGCGGCAGCCCGAGCUGAAGAGACAGCCACCAUGGCUCGAGACAAGGCAACUGAAGCCAAGCAGAUUCUAGAAGGCCAGCUGACAGACAAAUUCAAUGAGGUGCAGCAACGAGUUGACACCAAGGCCAAGGCUGUGCGGGAUGCCAAGAAAAAGGCAGAGAGUCUCCGAGAGGAAGCGAAGGAGCUUCUCAAUGAUGCUCGGAAUAAGCUACAGAGACUAGCAGAGCUAGAGAAAAACUAUGAGGAGAACCAAAGGAAGCUGGAGGGGAAAGUUCGGCAACUGGACGGUUUGGAGGACAAGAUGAGGGGCAUCCUCAAUGACAUUAACAAACAGAUCCAAAUCUACAACACGUGCCAGUAAAUCUGCUCUGCCAAAUCCACAAGGAAACACAUCCGUCUCUGUUAUUCCACUUUGCCCCUUAGAUAUAGAAGCAUGAUACUAGAUAUGGUAUUAAAGAGAAAAUAAAUCACUCUGUAAGCCAGUGUGCAUAUGGUGCAUCCAGGUAGUUUUUUUUCUAUUCAGAUGUUUGCUAAUUUUUUGUUACAAAAAACCAAAGCAAGAAGUGAACAUAUAAAGUUUGUCAUUGAGCACAAAAGUUACUCACAUUUAGUUUUUGCAUAUUAUUUUGCUUUUACUUUGGAACACAGCUUUGAAUGUAUGUAUUUAAGUUUUGAAAACCAAUGACUUGGACUUUUUUAGUAGAUAAACUCAAACAGUACAAAAUACCUCCUGUCAGUUGCAGUGCUGACCCAUUUUAUUGGCAUCCCUGGCAAAAAGCCUUCAAACAAAUUCAUUUUGCAUAAUUUCAUAUGGGUAAAUCUUGAAAAAUCCAACCGUUUAAGUACAUUUAUUUUUUACUUAUUUAGUAUAUUAAAACAUAAUUUGCUUUUAACAAAAGUACAGGUGGUACAAUUAUUGGAAUCACUAACUAAUAAAAAAAUAAAGGUACGUGAAGCCCUUUUUAAACGUUGUACUUUUGAAGGUCAUCAGAGUUUCUAGAAACUUCAGAGCAAUAAUCCAGAACUUCCUGUUGAUGGAAAAUGACUCAUAUUUUGGCAGCAAGCAGGGUGGUAAGAGAGGUUAAGAAAAAAAAAACAUCUCCAGGGCUCACUGAAGCACAGUAGCAAACAGUGGCAUCUUGAAAUCUCAAAGUUUCCACAACAACAAUUAGCCAAGUCUCCAAAGCAACCAUUGGUUUUGGCUUAAAACAGCUCCGACGCUCUGGGCCUGCUUCUCUUCCAAAGGCCCUGGGAAACUUGUUAGGGUUCAAGACAUCAUGAACUCUCUGAAAUAGCUGGAGAUGUUAAGUAAAGAUCUGGUGGACUUGACCAAUACACUGAGAAUCAGUACAAGCAAUUCUGCCAGUGAGGGUUUUGUUAAAGGAAUUAUUUAUUGCUUCCCUCAAUAAAGAACUAAGUAUACUGAAAUUAAAGGUUGAAUUUUAAUAUGUUUUUGCAGUGUGAGAUUAUUCUGCUGAAGUAUACUCUGAGCUGCUCACUGCAACAUGUUCUGGCUGCAGAAAAAUCUGAUAUAAAGUUUUAAUUACAUUUUCAACAAGCCAAACUAUCCUGCACAGCACACUAAUUUUGAGAUGAAUAACUAGCAGCAGUCACCGAGGCUGCCUUAAUAGCUUUCCAGUAAGAGGGAUAUUAUACUCCAUAAGCAGAGUAAAUAAUGUGGUCAACAUGAAUAUGCGUGUAAAAAUGUCCGCAAAUAUACAUGUACAUUAGGUUAUACAUUUACAUAUAAUGUAUAAUGUAGUAAAUAACCUUUCAGUAUAAAGGUUAAAAUCCCACUGAAUCUAUCCCGUUAACCCUGUGCAGCUUCAGGAUUGGGAGUAGAGAUGCAGCUACUUCUGUUCAUUUGUCUGAAUGCCAAAACCAUUAGCUUUCUGCAUAGACUGAAUGUUUGUUUCUCACGUACUGUGUGCUGUGAUGGAGCAAGCUGGACCUGCAGUCACCGACAUCUGAUCCUGAAGUGAAAGUCAUUAAAUACUGCCUUUAUUUGUGCCUUAUGCUGUCAGUAUUGUGGACAUAUUUGCAUAAUGUUACAUUUUUGCGUGAUGAAUGUGAUAAAACCAACAAUCCUUUUUCUUUUUUUUUACUUAUGUCAGCUGAGCUACAAUGACUGGUCAUUGCCAAUGAUAAUACCAAAGGAACCUUGUUAAGUUUGACAAUUUUCUGAAUAAAGAUAAAUAUAAAGCCA